GUACAUGUAUAUUAGCCCGAAGUUUGUCAGCCACAAAAGUUAAUUGUGUCCACUUUCCACACUAUUUAUAGUCAGCUUUAUUUGAGCAUGUGGUCGCUAUAAAUGAGAUUGACGAUUACUUUCGAUUCAAUAUACGUAGAAAGUUGGUCAAUAAACAAGUUUUAUUAACAAAGACGAAUUAUAAUCAGCUGCGUGUCGGAUCACAACAUCCGGGAGACUGAACAGCGUCGAUACCGUCGGGAACUUUGUUCGUGUGUGGCGCAUGGGGAAUCAUUACUUUUCCUAAUGACAAAAAUAGUUCACUCGUUAGAGAAAACCGCAACAUUUACAGAAAGGCAGUAAUAUAACCAUGGGUUAAAAUAAUAAUGUUGGUAUUAUUCUUGUGUAAUAUUUCUCAGGAUAUAUUAUUUAUUGUUGUUUUAAUCUACUUUCCGCAUGGGUCCUCGAGACUGGGUCAGUGUCACGACAGUCGACCUUGACAGUUGCUUGAAGGUAACUUCCGGUUUCGGGCAAACAGCACACACGUAGAAAAUUUUCUUUGGGAACAUUUACCUUAACAAUGGUGAACAAACAUUGCUGUUACGGAAUUUGUAACAGCGACUCUAGGUAUAAAGACAGACCUCACAUGCAAGGUGUGGAGUUUAUAUAUUUUCCUCAACCUAACGUUGACUAUUCCAAGUGUGAAAAGUGGGUUACGGCAUGUGGCCGACCUACCACAGGAAAGCACGCCUUCGUGGUUAAAAAUGUAAACAGAAACACUUAUAUAUGCACCAAACAUUUCGUUGGAGGCAAAGGACCGACAGCUGAAUAUCCUGAUCCAAUCCCAGCAGUUGUCUCAAACGCUGAAUUGGAAGCUUUUAAAAGAAGAAAACGACGAAAAUCGUCAUCCAGUGGUGAUAGCACUUUCGACUCAAGUGUGCCAACAACAGACAACCGUUAUGGGUAUAUAGUUGCAAAAGCUGCUUUAUACUCUGAAGCAGACUUGGACAAGAGCAUCCACAAUAUGGUGGGCCAUGCCUUAACAAAAGCAGUUGAAGAAACUGGACAUCCUUAUCUGGAGGACUCGGUGGUUAAAGAGAUUUGCAGGGAGACUAGGCUGAAAAGAACUCAAGUAAAGAUGUUGUGUGCAAACUGGAGAAGAAGAACUUUGCCUCGUUUGGCUAAAGAACAGAACUAUAUCAUUUACAAAUACACACCAAGUGGAACAUACUAUUGUGUACAAAUAAAUGCAGAACAGAUAACCAACAACUUUACCCCAGAACUUUUGGAAGCAGCUGUCAUUAUGUCCCAAAUGCUUUCUGCCAGAUGGCAAAGCAUGGGUGAUGACAAAAUCAAAGCCAUCAUGAUUCCUCUUCCUACCUCCUCUCAUCCAGACUAAGUUCUUUUGUUAAAGUUAGCUCCUUGUCCACAAUGAAUUGUACUCUGUGUUUAUACUAUAUUUAAAUUAAUAAAGUUAAA